UAUUUUUAUUUUAUGAAUAUUUAAAACAUUUCAAUACGCCACGAUAACAAAUAAUAGUUCGAAAUGGGUGACAAUGAAGAAGUAACAUUGCAAAUAGAAGAUAAAGAGUUUAAAGUAAAGAAGAGUCUACUUUGCGAGCACAGUGAUUAUUUUCGAGCUAUGUUUAGUGGGAAUUACAUAGAAAAUGAUCAAAAUCAGAUUGUUAUAGAUGUCGUUGACUCAUCUUCGAUGCAAAUAAUCGUACAAUACAUGGAAAUUGGUCUCAUAGACCUCUAUGAUUAUAGCCUGACCAAAAUAUCAGAAAUAGCUAUGGCUGCAAACUUCCUACAGAUCACUGAACUCAUAAAACAAAUAGAAUAUACUCUGCAAUUAAGAUUAUCCAGAAAAAACUGGUUGAAAAUAAUGUCCAUAGCAGAAGCCUCGGCUUAUACUAAACUAGAACAAUAUUCGGCUGCAUUUGGUCUCCUGUCUUUUAAAGAAAUGAAAACAGAUUACAUAAAAUCUUUUGAAAAGCUAUACUGGUAUCUUUCACAUCCUUUUAUAGAUGCUUGGAGUGAGUUAGAAGUCUUUAAAUUUGGUCUUAAAUGGGUGAUCGCUGAAGAAACUGGUGGAGAUGCUAUUAUGUUAAUUUUAUGUUGUUUAGAUAUACGGAGACUAACAACAUGGGACCUAGUUGAAAUCAAAAGGCUUAUGGAGCCUUACGACCUAAGCCUUGCUGCUAAAGUUAUAGAUUGUUUGCAUGAAGUUUCAAUAACAAACUGUGGGCUGUCAGUUACAAAUAUAACAGAGAACAAAGAAAAACUUUGUGAAAUGUUUACAGACAGAGUUUACACAGAGGUUUUUAACCUAGUUAAGGAGAGCAAAAGCCGUAAUUUGAAAUAUGCAGCAGCAGUUUCAUUUUGGACAAAGAAAGAACAUAAAGAUGAAAAAAAGAGACCACCUCUCGUUUCGACAUCACUUGGUUCAUACCAUUAUAUGUAUAAGUUUUCAGAACAAUCAGGUUUUGAGAGUUGGCUGCAGAUUGCUGAGAAAAAUUUGUGGGGCUGGGGAUUUACUCAAUGGGGUCCUAUGAGAAUAAUCGUUGCAUGUGGUGAACAUGGCCGUGGAACAGGAUUGUUUAUGAGAGAUGUUAAAGUCUAUGAUGUUUUGAAAAAAGAAUGGAUAAGCCACGGAGUCCAACUGCCUUCCGGACGACAUGCAGGUCUUACUGUUCUAGGAGACUCAUUGUUUAUAGUUGGAGGUGUAGGUGCGUUUAGGGUAGUACUUGACAAGGUGAUAAUAUAUGACCUAAAAGCCCGCACGUUCAGAGAGGUGGCAAAAUUUCAUGAUGCCAUUCAGAAUCCAGGCCUAUGUACUCAUGAAGGCAAAGUAUAUGCUUCAGGAAUUGAAGCUAUAUAUAGAUAUGAUGAAACUGAGGAACAAAAUCGUUGGCUAGCAAUUGUUAGGACAAAUAUAAGAAUGAGCUGUAUGACGUCAUUCAAAGGAUUCAUUUAUUGCACUCAAAGUUAUUUUAGCAACCUGUACAGGUUUCGGCCAAAUGUUGAUAGAGAGUUGGAAAUUGUUGCUAAUUUUACUCAUCCACCAGCUGCUAUUUGUAAUUUGGGAGACCGGCUAUUAUUCUUCACAAGAACAGUAUGUGGCCAAAUUGACGCACUUGCAGUAGAGGAAUACAAAGGCAUAUCCGAUGGUGAGAAACCCAAAUUGAUUUGGUCAAAUGAUGACACUGACCUAUUGAUUAAUGACGUGGCUGGGUGCUGUGGCUUGGUUAUGGAUACUCCUCCACUCUGCCACGAUGUACCGCCAAGUCAUGGCCGCUAUUUGAAACUAUGUGCUAAUAUGAGGUAAUUUGGCUCGUUUUGCACACAUAGCCAAAUUCCUGACCUUAUACAGUGUUCAUAAAUCACAUUCUUUUCAAGAGGCAAAGAGGCUAGUGCAAUGUGUAUUUUGUCUUCUCCAAACCCUUUAAACAACUUUUUUACCCGGUAGUGAUCAUUACAGCUCUUAAUGCACUAAAAAACAAAAUACACAAUCGUCAGGAGACUAUUCUUGAACUUAAAAAUUCCGUGUUGGCCAAAACAUGGUAAUGUUAUUUGCUCAUUCAUACCUUUAUGUAUUUUGAAAGAUAAUAUAAUUCACAAUUUAACAAGGAAUUAAAAUAAUUUUAGAAUCCUGAUGUCAAGUUCGAAACUUGGAUCAUCUGUGUACUGAUAUGUUGUUCAUUAUGUAAGUACUUAGCAUUUAUCAUUAAUAAAUCACGAAAUUUCCUAGUCCGCCAAAAAAAAUUAAGUUUUGUUUACUGAUUGUCUUAAGUAUAUUAAACAUCUAGUAAAAUAAGAAUUUUGUGUAAGACAACUUAGUAAUGGACCGUAUACAUUGUCACUUGUUGAGAGAUGUACAAGACGAACAUUGAUGUUAAAAAUCAUUACUAUAUACAUAGUAUUACAUUAUUAGAAUUAAAAAUUAAAUAAUAAACUUUUUAAACUGUCUUAAUAUACU